AUGGAAAAAGAUUAUUAUCAGCCGGAUAACUCAACAGAGAGCUUUUGUCUAAGAACUGGGCUUAUAGCUUUUCUGGAGACUACUUUUGGGCCACAACCGACUAUUGGAGUACAAUCAAUGGAAAAAGAAAGGGUGAAGGAAAAUCUAAACAUAGAGGAAAUCUCUGGACCACAAAAUGAAGUAAGAAAGCAAAAUUUCCCCGCUACAAUACAGUAUGGUUCGUUGGAGAUCCAGUUCUUCUGGACUGGAUCUCUGUACAAUCCACUUCCCGUCAAUGGACCUCUCAUAUCAGCUGUUGCAGUCACCCGUGAUCGGAGAAAGAAUUUCACCCUUAAACAGAUCAUUGAUGCAACUAAAAAAUUUAGCCCUAGGACGGAGCUUGGUAGGGGGCGUUCUGGGAUACUAUACAAGGCUGAACUGCCAGAUCUGAAUGUAGCAGUGAAGAAGCUGUUCUCACAAUCAAAAGCGGUCGAUGAAAUAGCAAGUGAAGUUCAUGCAAAGAAGGCCUUGGUCUCGAAACAUGAAAACCUUGUCCAAUUGCUUGCUACAUAUUCCAGAAGGAACCUAUAUUUGCUAAUCUACGAAAAUAUGGAACUUGGCUCACUUGGAAAAGUUUUAUUUGAUCCAAAUUCUACGGUGCAACUUGAUUGGCCAAAAAGAUUUACUAUCUGCCUGGGUAUAGCCAAGGGUUUACUGUAUCUACAUGAAAGUUCAUACAUGGCCCCAGAAUAUGCAACCAGAGGAGCCAUCACUGUUAAAGUCGAUGUCUACAGUUUCGGGAUCCUCCUUCUUGAAACCUUUAGUGGCAAAAAUAAUGCAGAUUAUAGUGGAAACCAAGAAUAUGUUUUCCUUCUCGAAACGGCUGGUAAAUCAUAUGCGAGGGGCAGACUUGCAGAAUUAGUCGAUGCAAGAAUGGUCCGAUAUAAUUGGGAUCAAGUCAACACCAUCCUGACAUUAGCAAUCAUGCGUGUCGAUCUAUCGCCUUCUAUAAGGCGUACAAUGUCUCAAAUUCUGAGUGUACUUGAAGGUGAAAAAUCUUUUGAGGAGAUUUCUCGUGAGGUCAAUAACCUCAGCAUGAUUUUUAGUCUGUCCUGA